AAUAUUUAUCAACCGCCAAAAAAUCAUCAACUUGGCGAAAUUUUUUGAUAACGGCAACCUAGGUUAAAUAACACUUCUUAUAUCGUCAUCAUAUAAUUAUGAAACGAAAACAUCAAGCAACUAUUGUAACACCAACCCCAGUUGAAGAUGAUGGUCAUCGUGUUCCUGAUCAACAUGUAACAAACUAUGAUAUUUUCGAACACUAUUCAAAGAAAGCUAAAAAUUCAAUUUUUCAGAAGGACGACCUGGAGACAGAUCGUUUCCACUGCGAUUAUUGCAAGAAGGACAUUUCAUCAUCGUUGAGAAUACGUUGUGCUGAGUGUGAUGAAUUUGAUUUGUGUGCUGAUUGCUUUUUUGUUGGUGUAGAAACAAAAGAACAUAAGAAUGAUCAUGCCUAUCGGGUGAUGGAAUAUUUGCAAGCUCCUCUCCUAUCUACAACAUGGACAGCUGAUGAAGAAUUACAACUCCUUGAAGGAAUCUCCCAGAAGGGUCUAGGAAAUUGGUUAGAUAUUGCCGAACACAUAGGCAAGCAAAAAUCAAAAUAUGAAUGUGAAUAUCACUAUUGGACACUCUAUGUAGAUAGGCCAAUUGCAAAGAGAAGAGCCUUAUUGGAGAAGAUUAAAACUCAGAAAGUUGUUGAUGAUUCAACGGGUUCAUCAAGUGAAGACACUGAAAUUUAUGUACCUGUUCCAGAUACUAAAGCUCCAAUUCAAAAUGAAAAGAUGAACAUUUCCAAGAAGGAUCUGAAAAAAGAUGAUGAUGGUAUCAUUUGGUCUGUAAGAAAGGAGUUAUCCCUUCCACCAGUGAAUAUGCAAACUAUUUUCAAUGAGAAUGUAAAGGCGCAUCCAGAAUGUGCCAAGUUUGUGAUGGGAACUCUCCUUUCUAGGGAGCCAAUUAUUGUUGGUAAUAGAAAGAAUGUUCAGCAAUUGGGUCAAGAUAUAGGUUAUCUGCCUCUGAGAGCAGAUUUUGAGACAGAUUUCGAUUACUGUGCUGAAGAUAUCAUUGCAGAGUUGGAAAUUCUCCCUACUGACACACCUGAAGAAAAGGAAAAGAAACUAGAUUAUUUGAGAUUAUACGAAUUUAGAUUAAGUGAAAGAGAACGAAGAAAAAAGUUUGCUGUUGAAAGGGGUUUAUUCGAUUGGAAGAGAAUCAGUGCUGUUGAAAAGAAGAGAAACAAGAUGGAAAAAGAAUUGUAUCAACGAUAUAGACCAUUUGCCAGAUUCCUGGACGAUCAAGAUGAGUUUGACUCUUUCAUGGCUGGGGUUAUUCAAGAGACUAAGAUAAGAAAUAGAAUUCAACAACUUAAAGAAUAUAGAGCUAAUGGUUUAACAUCUUUGGAACAAUGUGACUUGUUUGAAUCUGAAAACAAAAAGAGAGAAGCAGAUUUUGACCUGAAGAAAGCUAGAGAGGGUAAUAUCAAAUCUCCUUCAAUUAAGAGAAAUGCAGAGGUAAUUACUGGUACACCAAAAGAUCCAAACAUGGUUGGUAUUGAAAUGUUGUCAAAGAGGGAACGUAGUUUCUGUGUUGGUUUACAACUCUAUCCAAAGCAUUACAUACUUAUUAAGGAUGUUUUGAUAAGAGAAUCGGUGCAAUUAGGAUUUGUCUCAAAGGCAACAGCUUGUAAAUUAUUUACUGAUUUUGAAAAGGACGUUAUUUCAAAAAUUCACGACUUUUUUGUUUCAAAUAAUUGGAUUCUUGGUGCUCCACAAGCUACACAAGAAGGCAGUUCAGGUAAAUAAACCUUGAUUUCAUGGUC